GAGGCGAAGCUCCAGUUCUCUCCAUGUAUGGGUCGCUUGUCUGGUUUAUUCCGUCAAAGCAACAGCUACGAAGUUUAACUUUUAAGAGCGGACUGACACUACAGUACAGUGCGCACUGAGUGGCUUCCCGGUGUGGCGAACACUAAUAUGGAGCGGCGACACUGGUGCUGAGGAGACAUUUAACAUCACCAGAGGAAAGGACACCGCGGGAUCACACUGAAACGUUCAGGGCUUUAUUUAUUUUAAAAAGCAUUCGCCAAACGGAUUGUAGCAGAGGACAAGUUGCGGACUGAUAAACAAAUAGAAAUGGGGAGCCGAGGACAUUACCGGUACCACUGGCAAAGCCACAAUGUCAAGCAGAGCGGCGUGGAUGACAUGGUGCUGCUAACCAAGAUCAAUGAGGACGCCAUUGUGGAAAACCUCAAGAAAAGAUACAUGGAUGACUUUAUUUUUACAUAUAUUGGUCCUGUGCUCAUCUCAAUAAACCCUUUCAAACAAAUGCCAUACUUUGGAGAAAAAGAAAUCGAGAUGUACCAAGGCGCAGCUCAGUAUGAAAACCCUCCUCAUAUCUACGCGCUAGCUGAUAACAUGUAUAGAAACAUGAUGAUCGACCGUGAGAACCAGUGUGUCAUUAUCAGUGGUGAGAGCGGAGCAGGAAAAACGGUAGCAGCAAAGUACAUCAUGGGCUACAUCUCCAAAGUUUCAGGUGGAGGUCCCAGAGUUCAGCAUGUCAAAGACAUCAUCCUACAGUCCAACCCACUGCUGGAGGCCUUUGGGAACGCUAAGACUGUUAGGAACAACAACUCCAGUCGUUUUGGGAAAUACUUUGAGAUUCAGUUCAGUUCCGGCGGCGAACCAGAUGGUGGGAAGAUCUCCAACUUUCUCUUGGAAAAAUCACGAGUGGUGAUGCGGAACCCAGGAGAGAGGAGCUUCCACAUCUUCUACCAGCUGAUAGAAGGAGCACAUGCUGAUCAGAAAAGCAGUCUUGGGAUCACCAACCUGGAUUACUACACUUACCUCAACCAAUCGGGUUCAUACAAGGUUGACGAUAUUAACGACAAGCAUGAUUUCAAUGAGACCUUGCAUGCCAUGGACGUGAUUGGUAUCUCAGGGUCUGAUCGCUCCCUGGUCCUGCAGAUCGUGGCAGGAAUUCUUCACCUUGGAAACAUCGCCUUCAGGGAAGCAGGGAAUUAUGCUGCUGUUGAGAAUGAUGAGUUUCUAGCGUUUCCUGCUUUUCUGUUGGGCAUCAAUCAGGACCGUCUGAAAGAAAAACUCACCAGCCGUAAGAUGGACGGCAAGUGGGGAGGCAAAUCAGAGUCCAUAGAUGUGACGCUGAAUGUGGAACAGGCGGCUUUCACACGUGACGCUCUCUCCAAAGCUCUGCAUUUUCGGGUUUUUGACUACUUGGUAGAGUCAAUCAAUAAAGCCAUGGUUAAAGACCAUCAGGAGCUCAACAUUGGAGUGUUGGAUAUAUAUGGCUUUGAGAUAUUUCAGAAAAAUGGAUUCGAGCAGUUCUGUAUCAACUUUGUAAAUGAAAAACUGCAGCAGAUUUUCAUUGAGCUGACUCUAAAAGCGGAGCAGGAAGAGUAUGUGCAAGAAGGAAUCCGAUGGACUCCCAUAGAGUACUUCAACAACAAGAUCGUCUGUGACCUCAUCGAGAGUAAAAUUAAUCCUCCAGGCAUUUUGAGUAUACUGGACGACGUCUGCGCAACUAUGCAUGCCAAAGGCGAAGGUGCAGAUCAGACUAUGCUUCAGAAGCUCCGAAUGCAGAUCAACAACCACGAGCACUUCAACAGCUGGAACCAGGGCUUCAUCAUCCACCAUUAUGCUGGCAAGGUGUCUUAUGACGCAGAGGGCUUCUGUGAGAGGAACAGGGAUGUGCUGUUCACUGACCUGAUCGAGUUGAUGCAGAGCAGUGAAAUACCUUUCAUCCGUGCCCUGUUUCCAGAGAACCUCAAUGCUGAUAAAAAAGGAAGACCCACCACUGUUGGAAGUAAAAUCAAGAAACAAGCCAAUGAUCUGGUGAGCACUUUGGUGAAGUGUACACCUCACUACAUCCGCUGUAUUAAACCCAAUGAGACAAAGAAGCCAAGAGACUGGGAAGAGAGCAGAGUAAAGCACCAGGUGGAGUAUCUAGGUCUGAAGGAGAAUAUCAGAGUUAGACGUGCUGGCUAUGCUUACAGAAGAAUCUUUCGCAAGUUCUUGAACAGGUACGCCAUUCUCACGAAGGAGUCAUGGCCGACGUGGCGUGGCGACGAGAAGCAGGGUGUGCUGCACCUCCUGCGCUCCGUACACAUGGACCAGGACCAGUAUCAGCUCGGACACACCAAAAUCUUCAUUAAAGCCCCUGAGUCGCUUUUUCUCCUGGAGGAGACGAGAGAGCGCAAAUUCGACGGUUACGCCAGAACUAUUCAGACGGCUUGGCGAAAACAUUGUGCCCGCAAGAAAUACGUUCAAAUGAGAGAAGAAGCCUCUGAUCUGCUGCUGAACAGGAAGGAGAGAAGAAGACACAGUUUGAACAGAAACUUUGUGGGGGAUUACAUAGGUAUGGAUGACCAGCCCGAACUCAGGCAGUUUGUGGGCAAAAGGGAGAAAAUCGAUUUUGCCGACACCGUCAACAAAUUCGAUAGACGGUUUAAGAGCAUUAAGAGAGACCUGAUCCUCACCCCUAAAUCUGUCUACCUGAUUGGAAGAGAAAAAGUGAAACAGGGCCCUGAGAAGGGACAGGUGAAAGAGGUCCUGAAGCGUAAAAUCGAUGUUGAGAAGAUUUUGGCGGUUUCCCUAAGCACAAUGCAAGAUGACUUCCUGCUCCUGCACGAGGAGGAGUAUGACAGCCUGCUGGAGUGUGUAUUUAAGACCGAGUUCAUCAGUUUACUGACACGCAGAUAUGAAGAGAGAACACAGAAAAAACUACCUCUCAAAUUUGGCAACACGCUGGAACUCAAACUAAAAAAAGAAGGAUGGGGACCCUGGAAUGCAGGAGGAUCCCGACAGGUGCAGUUCAUUCAAGUCCAGGGGGACGUAGCUGUGCUGCGACCCUCAAACAAAAUGCUGCAGGUCAGCAUUGGACCGGGUCUUUCCAAGAACUCACGUCCAACUAAGAAGGGCUUCACUCAGAGUCGCACCAACAACGUGACCAGGGCACACCACCACGCCCCAGCACGUGUCGCACCCGGCCCUCCAGUCGCACACCAGAAUGGUGGACUGAAGAAUCAAGCUGCCAAUCAAAGAAACUCUCAACAUCACAACAAUCAAAGAGCUCCGUCGGGAAACACGACCCGCCCGUUCCUACCCACUACUGUCAGUCAACUCAAAGACAGGAGCAACAGACAUGCACCCCAGCAACCUAACCUGGAUAUCCUGAAAGUACCAGAGCCAGGUGCCGCAGGCAGAAAUCGACAACCGUCUGGAAAUGGAGGAAUUGCUCACAGGCAGCCCACCAACAGGCCUCCUCCAGGAGCCGGCCGUCCCAAACCCGCCCCCAAACCCAAGCCCCAGGUCCCUCAGUGUAAAGCUCUUUAUGCAUACGACGCCCAGGACACGGAUGAGCUCAGCUUUAAUGCAGAUGACAUCAUUGAAGUUGUAAAGGAAGAUGCCUCCGGAUGGUGGAUAGGGAGACUGAGAGGCAAACAAGGCUUAUUCCCAAACAACUACGUGACCAAGAUCUAACCUCUCGUGCCGAAAUGUGGGGACCAGACUUCAUGAACCUCAGCAGACUCAUUUGACAGUAAAAGACUAAUUUAAGGAGGGGAAACGAAGGAAAACGUGGAAUUCAGAAAAUGAAGGAAAGAGGUGUGCCAUGGCUGCGGUUUACUACCCAUGAGCUUACCAGAAGUCCAGCGUGCGGCCGUGUUCUGAAGAGCAGACGUCGGCCACUAAACUUUUCUCCAGGGCGCUAAAUACUGAACUGUCCCUGUGAGCACUGAUCAAAACUAUUUAUUGUAUUUAUAGCAUUCUAAGAUUUAUUUUGGACAUGGUUUGUUCAUCAGUCUUGGAUAUUUAAGGUGAUCUUAUUUCACUUGAAUAGAUGAAGUAGCCAUUGUAUUUGGGAACAGGCUUUUUUAUUUUGAAAUUAAUAGAUUUUAUAUGUACAUUAAGGUGCUUAUCUUUAGUCACCCGCUGUUCUUUUAUUUUUCAAUUUCUUGUCAGAAUUGAUGGUUUUUAGUGGGGAAUUACUUGCUGCUAAUGACCGUUUUACCAUGUUAUUGCCUUUCAUGUUCUAGUAAAACCAAAUGUAUAUAAAGCACUGUAACUCUUAAAAACCAUGGUCUGUAUGCUUUGUAAACUUAAACCAUCCUGAAUGUACCGUUGUUCAAAAUAUGAAAACAGUUCUGUAAAUCUCAAUUUGAUUGAACGAUAAUACUUUGA